CACACAUCUACUUGGGCACUAUGAUCUUCCUAAUGGAUUUACAGAUGAUGAUGCUGGACAUAGUGUACUUCAUCCUGCGCUCUUGUCUGCGCAUCGUACUGAGACCACGUACGAAGCCCAUAGACGGCGAGUUGGUAUUAAUAACCGGCUCUGGAGGAGCACUGGGCCGCCUGUUCGCCCUGGAGUUCUCGAAACACGGCGCAGAAGUGGUGCUAUGGGACAUAAACGGAGACGCUAAUGAGGAGACAGCCAAUAUGGUGAGGGCGCAUGGGGGCCAGGCACACGGGUACACGGUGGAUGUGACAAACCGAGAAGAAGUGUACCGCACUGCCGACCAGGUACGGAAGGAUGUGGGAAGGGAUGUGACCUACUUGGUGAACAACGCCGGGGUGGUGGCCGGUGAGAGACUCCUGGACUGCCCAGAUACCAUGGUGGAGAGGACACUGAAAGUAAACUGCCAUGCCCUCUUCUGGACUGUCAAGGCGUUCCUCCCUCAGAUGAAGGCCAAUAAUCAUGGCCACAUCAUCACUGUUGCCAGUGUACUUGGACUCUUCAGCACAGCCUGUGUAGAGGAUUACUGUGCCAGUAAGUUUGCCGCGGUGGGGUUUCAUGAGUCUCUGGCCCAUGAACUGCUGACGGAAGAGGACGUGGAUGGAGUGAAGACCACUCUUGUGUGCCCUUAUGUUGUGGACACUGGCAUGUUUGAUGGCUGCAGGAUUAGGGAAGAGGUUGAACUGAUCCUGCCUCCACUGGAGCCCUUGUACUGCGUACAGCAGGCUAUGAAUGCCAUUCUCAUAGACCAGCCGCUAGUGUGCAUCCCCAGACUAACCUACCUGCCCUUCCUGGCCAGAGCCCUGUUUCCAUGGGAAUCCAAUGUGGCGACAUAUCGCUUUAUGGGUUCAGACCAGUGCAUGUACCCGUUCAUUGAGUCCAUGAGGAAGAAAAGAGCAGCCAACGGCCCAAUUAAGGCUGCUUAAACAUCUGGAACACUACAAAUUUGACAGGUCUUUUUUGAACAGCUGCAGCAAAUAAUGUGUGCAAUAUUCUUUGAAUUCGUUUAUAUUAUUAUGGAUGUGAGGGUAUGUCACUGUUUGAAGUGAAAUGGGUUUCUUCUGGUUAUCUAGGCCCACUUUAGCUGUGUUCUGUUUUUCAGGCUGGCUAAUCACUCAUGGGUGAGCCGUUCAACAACCACUGAUAUGGUUCACAUCUGAAAUGUGUUUUUAUGGAACUGGAUUGGGACUGGACUGAGCAAGUCAUUGGGCAUAAUACCUAUUUAAAUAAGAGUGUACAGGUGUUUUUUUCCCUGUGGCUUCCAAUUAUAUUGAAAACGAUUGCUUGUUGUACUUGUUC